AUGCAGCAAACGGAAGGCGUGGGAUUUUUAUUACGCUUGGCUGUGGAUCUCCUGAUUGCAAUUGAAGCCAGUUUCUCAGCGUCUCCCAUUAUGAAUUUCGACAUAAAGUUGUUCGUAUUAAUCGUAGCAAUGGGAAAAGUGAAACCAAACGAAGUCUCCGAUAAUCAAGGUGAGAUCAUUAAUAAUAAUAAUCACCGUCAGUUACCAUGUACGGUACUGAUAAAUUGAUUGCCAGCAUCUUUUGUAAGCCGAUUCCCAGGAUCAGGGUAUUUCAGAAAGGCAAUUGCAACUUAGAAUUUCAAACAUAUACCUGGGUUACUACAAAUACUAGCUUUGGUUUUCAAAGUUACUAUAUCCACAACUACUGCCACAUCAUGGCCAGUAAAGUAAGAGGGCUGAGGGUAGAAUCGAAUGACUUGCCGCAGCUCAUUCUCUCUUGCUUGCUGGUGGCUUUUGUAUACUAAAUUCUUUACCACUAUCAAGCAAAGAAAAUUAACAAACGCCAAGCAAAAUAAUUGGAAGCUAAGAAGUCCAUUUUUACCGCUCAAUGUAAAAACGGAAAAAUAAAUAAGCUCAUUACUUUGAUAAAAAUGAAAAGCCAGUUUUGCAAUGUCUAACUAGGUAUCCUACGUUUGACCGAGUUGGAGCUACAUGCGGACAUCUAAAAUCUUCGUCUUGCGUCUUUUACAAAUUCUUCGUCAUAUCGCGCAUUAGUUAUUUUCGUACGUUGCAGUGCUAUGUUUAUAUACCAUGUGAUAAGUGUUCCGUGUCUCUUCUUGACAAUUUGACUAAAACUUUGGGAGGGUUUUGAAAGCAGGGGGAGAAGGGUCUACACAAAGAAUAAGCUCUAGAUAACUCAAAUGCGCUCUUCUGUUUAGGGCCCUACGGAUUAUGCUUGUAAAAUCCAGUAUUGUGUUUUUUGGCGUCACCCUGUGCAACCAAGGUGUUAUGCUGAAAAUUAUGCUUGCCUGGGGGUAUUAUGCUCCUAAUUGUGUUGGAUUAAAAUGACUCUUUUCCAUCCAUCAACUAUAAAGCUAUCAUUUCUAUACACUCUUACAUUGAGCAGUUUCAUACCUUGAGGGACUGGAACGAAUUAAUGUAAUAUAGGACCCACAUGGUCAGAAAGAGUCAGUACAGACAUCUUUUAAAAAUCCUUAAGUCUGGUCUUAAUCGGAUUAAUAUUGAGCAAGACAUGGCCAUUCAAAAACUUAACAAUUGCCGCUUAGAAAUGCAUGGAUAUGAUUGCCGGGCUCCAGGUGUCUAGUAUUAGCUGCCGAACGUCCUGUAGAGAAACGUAAAGAUGUCAACUAAAUAUUGACUUUAAAUCCUUCCAGGUAAUCUGGAGGAAACAUAUACCGUUCAAGACUUGAGAAAUGACUUGCAGACCGCCAUGGAAGUAGAGCACGCGACCAUCCCACCAUACUUGACUGCCCUAGCCACUCUCAUGACUGGCAACAACUCUGACAUUCAGAACAGACUACGCGACGUUUUUAUUCAAGAGAUGUUUCACCUGGCGCUUGCCGCCAAUAUUCUCAAUGCAGUUGGAGGGAAACCAUCACUGAAUUAUUCAGGAUUCAUUCCUGACUACCCUUCAGUGCUCCCAGGUGGCCUCCAUCCCAAACUGAUUGUCCCUAUCAAAAAAUUCACACGCCUUCUGGUGAAAGAUGUGUUCUCGAUGAUAGAACAGCCAGAGGUAGAAGUAGCGACAUUAAGUAGCUUUAAACAUAUUUUUAGGUUUGUACGUAGAAUCAAAGAUAGAUUAGGUUACUGCCAAAGAAGUGAAGCCGGAGUUAACUGCGAAUUACCGGGGAACAUAAUGACCCGGAUGAAUCAAUCAGGUUGCUUUAUUUCAAACGCUGAAAAGGCUCAGUUUCUGGAAGGUGAGUCUGACAUGAUUAUUCUUUUUAACCAUAAACUUCUAUGCUCAUAUAAAAAACUAAUAGCCUGAUAAAACAGUCGACAUUUUGUGACGUCACCACAGGUUUUUCAACCAAUGAAAAGUACUACUCAGAUCUGGGUUGUGACACGUCAUCAGUAUGGAAUUUCUGCGCUCGUUUCUUAGACGUCAUUUCGCGGGGAAAUCAGUGGUGACGUUGUGUAAUAUCAACUUUUUUCUCUGGGUCAACGGUCGAUUGAUUGUAUUUCGGAAUAAGAAUACGCAAAGUCGCAAACUUUUUGGUACAAAUCUCUUGUACCGUGAUUCUUGGUCCGUUUUAACUCUACCGACAUCGGGAAUUUUAUUUGAGGCAGAUUCCUACUCUAAUUCAGUGAAUGCAAAGAAGUUAUUUUCCAUUUAUCCUUAUUCUGGAAUACGGUCAAUCGUAGCUUUUAGGCUACCAAAAUUAACUGAAUUUAUUUAUAAAAAUAUUCUCAGUAAUGCAAAUUGACUUGAAAUGGACCAGUAGUUUUGAAGUGGAAACGACGACUCGCGGCAAGCCAAGAAAUAUCAGUGGGAUGAAAAUAAAGAUCGUUUCAGCGUGCAUAUAAUUAUGCAGUUGCAUAUAGUUAAACUGAGUUAAACGGGCAAUGGCAUGCACGUAACUGGAUUUGCGUCUUACUCAUGGAACAAUUAAAAAACCUUCGCAUCAUGCGGCCCAUUUUUAUAGUGCCACGCUGCGCUAUUCACGCUGUUUAUGGAAUAACACUUUGAUAGCGUCAUAAUAACCUACAUUACUAACUGUGUUAUUAAAAAUAAAAUAUUAUUUUGACUACAGAAUUUAAGCAGCGUCGAUUGUUAAAGGUGAUUCAUAGAGAAGCAAAAAAGGUGUGUCUCAAAAAACGCCCUUUUAUUAUAAUAUUGACUAUUCUGGACUUUACACCUUUCAUCUCUGAGCCACAUUCCAUUUUGAACUUUUCUCGUGUACUUCUCAGAUUUACAGGUAAACCGUUGACAUUGCGAAUUUCUAUCCAGUGGAAAAGCAUUACGAAUAUCAUUUGCGCUAUCCAGUGGAUAGAGGUUUAGGGCCAGUUAAUUGAUCGGAGUUUAGCCCUUGUUUAUGGACCGGUCAUUAUUUAUCGCCUGGGGGGGGGGGGAGGGGAGGAUUUUGGGGAAUCACUUGAUUUUUAGGAGAAAAAAAGGGGGAUCAGUCGUAACUGAGAACCCAAAAGGGGGAAUCACGGAAAGCUUUGGAAGGAUUCAGAGGGGGGACCACUCAGAUUUGCUUGGAAAAUGAAGAAGACAUGGGGAGCCCAGGGGAUCGUGAAAGUCAUCAAAUAUUAUUAAGGGGGAUCACUUCAGUGAAGUAACAUUUAAAGGGGGGAUCGGCUAAAUUUCACCUUGUUUAGCCCCAAAUAUUCCCCCACCCCCCGCCAUCCCCAGGCGAUAAAUAAUGACCGGUCCCUUAACAAAACCGUGUUCUAAACCAUUUUCAGUUGGAGUGGUUUGCUCAGCGCUUUCAUUUAAACACCGUUUUUCGUGAACAAUUUGAACAGAGCAUAUAGCGUAGAUAGGAAGAGUACUUUUUAUUUUUCUAAAAUUAACCCCUUAAGAAAGAGAUCUAGUGAUCCAAUGAUUUCUUAAACCUCGGCCUUUGUUAGACUUCGUUUGAAUAACCGACUCUUAAUGUCCAGUGGAUAGCUCGUGGAUAGCGUUAUCUUGCCUCUCGUCCCUGGGCGUCAUUACUGCGCCUGACCGCUCCGUUUCGGGUCACGUGAUCCGAGCGAGUUUUCGUCUCGGAAACGUCCCCGAAAUGCAUUGACCGAGAAGGCCUGGGAAGACGCCGUACAGGGACUAGGCAAAGUGUUAUCCACGGAAAGAAAGUGGUGGCCAGGCGGACGGCCGUGUGUUACGUAUAGCGAUCCCGUAAACCGACCUAUCUCUCGAUUCAGACAGUUUUCAGACAGUCUUUUUGGCUCUUUAAAUUGGACAUUUCCACGAAAUGCGUAGAGUUUAUCCUUCCAAUACCAAUGGAUAAGCGUUAAUUUUUUUUGCUGUCCAAUAGUAACCUUAAAUUAAUGGUGAAAGGAGUUUAGCACUGCCCCGCCCUUUAUCCUAAGAUCUUCAGAUUUGUACAAUCAACAGACAUGUGUCAAUAAAGAAAGCAAAGAAAAAGAAAAGAGAAAGAUUUCUAAAGCGCGUUUUAUUUGUGUUUCAGCAUGGCCUUUCUUCAACUGACGAUCUCGUUUAUCACAACAACACAAUCGGCGGUUUCUACAGAUAUAUUCUACAGGGCCUUGGCUACCUCACGGGUUGUGGCACUAAUGAUUCAAUAUUUACAGGAGAUGUGAGCAAACAAGUCACUCACAAGGGAUGGACAGUGAGCGGCCAUAGCAUGAAGGUGACUGAUUACCUCUCAGCUGUAGAUGCUAUCGAAGCUAUCGUUGAUCAAGGUGAAGGAAGUUCUCCAUGCAAUCCCGACGCCAUUUCAGAAGUAGGAAAUAAGGAGCUCUCACAUUACUACACAUUCUUGUCUGUUUCUCAUGGACGUGAGAUAGAAGUCUAUCCCAAUCCGUACAGAGAAGAGGUAACACUAUUGUCUAGAGAGUUUUAGAGACUAAUGUGCGUUUACCGUUUUUCUUCAAAUAAGCGCCCUCCCCGAGUAAUUUAAGCGCCCACUUACAGGUGACGGUGGUACUGUCGCAAAUUUCUAAAAAUCAUCGCACUUUGUAAUACCUGUCGCACUUUGUAGUAAAAAAGCUGUCGCAAUUUGUAAUAACUGUUGCGGCACUUUGUAAUAAACUAAGCUUUCACAAUUUGUAAUAAUUUCAUCGCACUUUUUAAUAAUUUUUUGAGAGUGAUUCAACUUACUUCGUCAACAUAAAUAUAAUGCCAAAAUAUGAAUGGUACUUCGUAAACAGAGAUGAUGACGUUUGCAAGCACGUAACUUACAAAAUAACUUUUAUAAUUUAUAUCUCCCCUCAUUCAAACCAUUAGACUACGAGUAGUCCCCUAUUUUUUGCUCAGAGAUGAUAGAGCGUGCGAAACGCGAGCGCGCGUGAAAACCACCCCCCGCGAGAAAAGGCGACACGCGCACUCGCGUUUCGCACGCUCUACUAUCGCUGAGGAAAAAUGGUUGACUACUCGUAGUCUAUCAAACCACUGACUUUAUUCACGGUCCUAAACACUUUUUUAAAAUUAAUGUUGAUUAGUUAUCUGACGUAUACGAGAUUCUAUAUUCCUUGUUAUUGUAUUAGAUGGUUUGCAUGCAAUGGUUACCUGGGAGGGGGCGUACUCCCUUAUAUGGCCAAUACGGGGAUGUGCCGCAGGCCAGAGCGUUGUCAGAGUACAGAAGCAAGACACAAAAGAGCCAUUAAUAAAAGGCAUUUUAUUUCCACAAAUCGUAACAUCCAUCCUUACAUCAUUCAAAUAAGGACACCUGGAAAGCUUUCCUUUUUAGAUCUUAUAACAAACAGGUCGACAAAACACCGUACUUGUCUAACGCGCAAUCUUAAAAGAAGUAAUAGUGGCUUCCAUAUUUUGGCCAGCGUAAUCAGACCAGGCCUGUAAAAAUUCAAAAUGUAAUUUACUACAAAUAAACAAAAACGUCACCAGUGGCAAACCGUCGAACCACAACAGAAACAUAAACACAAAAUCCAGGUAGUCUCUGGCCAAUACCCUUGUAUGUACCCGUUUUUAUAAAACUCACUUGGGGUAAUAGACUGAGCCGGGCUGACCUUGUGAUCCAUUAUUCUCUCUUGAUUUGGUACCAUAUAGGAACAAAAGGAGUAUCAUUCAAUCUUAAAACAAUUUUUCUGUAUGGAGCCCUCUAAAGCAAACACCGUGGGGAUAGUAAAAAUGUCUCCUUCCCAGUGUACAACUCGUAAGACCUUGCAAUUCUUCCAAGCGUGUUCAGGAUUUUUUUCCCGCAAAAUGGAAAGGAUAAUAAACCAAACCAUCCAUUACUACCCUAUCUAAGGAUCAAACCAAAGACACAAAGCCAGCAAGGUAAAAAAUGAUACCCUAUUUAAGGUUCGAGAUCCUCAGCGAUACUUACCUACCUAGCCCAUACAUGUAUAUGGAAUUAUCCCCCACCCCCCACUCCGAAGACUUCACGUGUCACGUGGCAAGCAAACAUGGAUUGGGACGACGAAUGCCAGGUUAUUCAUAAAUUUUCUGAUGUUAAAUGUUGCUUUGUUAUUUAAAUAUUUUUGAAUUCAAAUAUAUGAGAUGAUUUAUUUCUCUUUUUUUGGUGACAUGUCACAGGAAGUUUCAUGUCUUUCAUAAAAGUGAUUCUCGUUGGUCAUGUGAUUAAUUAAGGCAGAAAAAUAUGGAAUUAUUACAAAUUGCGACAGCGUUUUUAUUAACAAGUUCGACACGGUUUAAUACAAGUUACGAGAGGUAUUACAAAGUGCGAUGAUUAUUACAAACUGCGACAGUACCCCUAAGUCAAAAUAUCCAACUUGGUCCCCCCAUCCCGGGGGGGACUCGCAUAUGAAAGGGGCGGGGAUGUUCGUCGUCUUGCUUAGGGGUGUAAAUUUCGGAUUUUGGUCUCACUGAGGGUGUUCUGGGCAAAACGCCAUUAUAUUUAGCAGUAAAGGUCUCUUUUAGGGUUGCAUGCGAAGAAAUGUAAAAAAAAUGAAUAUCUUCAAUUCGUUUUAUUUACUCGAUUCAUGUUGUCAAAGUUUAAAAUGGUCUCUUUUAGGGGUCAAAAAUAGGUUGGGCCAAGUCCAAAUUGAACUCCGACGAGUAUCCCGCGCCUUUCAUAUGGAAUUCCCCCCGAGUCCCCCUCAAAGAAGAGUCCCCCACUUACCCAGCCACACCCCCACCCCCUGAAAUACCAGGAGAACCUGUUUCUAUCGCCACUUUACUCAUAUGUUUUUACGCUUCAACUACCGAUACAUCUGUGUGUAAAGACAAGCUCGUUCCCAGGGUUCUCCUACCCGUUGUGUAAAGAGUGCUCAAACUACCUUCUACUCCUACUUGAUAGGAAUUCAAUUGCACGUAUCGCUUCACCGGUCCCAAGAUUCCUUUUGAUCCCGAUGCCGUUUGGCCGAUGGUUACCAACCCAAACUUGUCCAUGUAUGUAAACAAUACUCAAGCGUUCACCGCUGCGGUAAAGUUCAACAUAAAUUAUACAAGACUGUUGACAUCUCUGGACAACGUGUUCAAUGGUCAUGCUGAUCAGAUUCAAGCUGCAAUUGGCCUGAUGUUCCCACUAUUUAACGAACUACAGGAACUGGUUCAAAUACCUAUUGACAUCCAUGGAGACCAGUACGUGGGUCCAAACGUUGGUCCGACCUAUGAUUUUACACCACAUGAUUGAACUUCCUGACUUCCUGACUGAUCGGGCCCCUGACUUCCUCUGAAAUUAUUAACACGCGUUUUAAUGUGCUCGCUGAGCUGAAGCAAAUAGAGAGUUUUAGCAUGACGGCAGCGCAAACUUCACUUGUAAAAAAACCCAAUUCUCGUUUUUUUAAAACCUUUCUAGCGUUUAUUUUAAUUCGAUGAAAAUGUCUAAUGUAAAGGGAAAUUUUCCCUGGAGUUGAUUUCUUGGGGACUGCACUCGUUUAGAAAGAGAAAGACACUUUCGCCACCGUUUUUUAAACGGUCCUCUAUAAAACGUGAAAUUAAGGAAUUGCACGUCGUAGUCGUGUAGUGACGGCUAAGAAAUGAACAAAAAUGCGUGAUGCUUUUGAACGAAACCCUCCAAAUAUCAGCAUUAUGCCUAAAAUUGUGCUCAAAAAGUAGCAUUAUGCUCGACUGAUCUUGGCUAUAUUUGAUGCCCUUUCCCAUGGCUGCAGAAAAAAAAUAUCUCCAUAAACCAGAAACACAAUAUUUUAUUGCAUCAAUUACAAAUUAACAAAAAAUAAACAACAAAUAAUGAUGCAAAGGCGGGAGGGCAACCAGGCCUUGAAACAAAUUUUCAAACAAGCCUGUGAAUAAGUUAAUUUCUUACUGAAGUGAACAAUUUUCGUUACAUUUAUGGAAAUAUUAAUUUUCUCAAUAUCAUCAUUUCUUUAUGCAUUAAUUAUGCCGGCAUUAUGCUCGAUGUUCCAACUUUACCAUUAUGCCCAUUAUACUAAAACCUGACAAAUUUCUGCAAUUUGAUUGGCUUACUGGAGCAGUGGUUUUUUUAGCUUACUUCUGAAAUACCUACAUGUGAAAAUUACAAACUGCGGGUAGUAAUACAAACAAAUAAUAACAUGAUUUGUACGUGGUAUUUGGAAUAAAUACCACCCAUGAUAUUUCAAAAUUGUCUCAAAUUUCACUAGCCGAAAUUAAGUAUAACAAUUUCGAAAUAUCACUCGUAGUAUUCAUGCCAAACAUCACUAGAAAUCACGCUUUUACCUACACAAAUUAUACCGGCAAAAUGAAUCCAACUCUAACCUGCAAAGUUGUUGUUUUGCUUAAAAAACCUAGCUAUGGCUUUUUAAAGGUCCUCGUUGCCGUCGCCGAUAACGUUGUUAUUGCUAAAACUCCUUUUUGACGUACCUUAGACGUACAGUAUUGCUCGUAUACUUAAGUUCAUGGUCUUUGUAUGCACGCAAUUUAUUUCCUCGUGUAAAUGGCUUUAUGGAUUACUAAAAUUUACUGCAUAAAAGUUUUAUUUCUUUAAAUUGACGUUACGAUUUGACCUGAUUUAUUGCAAGUUACUAGGAAUAUGAUAGGUUAGAUUAUUCUGGUGCUCAAUCAGAUUCGAGCAUUUUUUUUCAGUUAUUAACUCAAAGCGUUAACACUUACCAAUAAUUAGAGGAGCAUUUCCCGUCCUAUAU